AUGAUUAAAGUGUUUUUUUUUAUUUUUGCUAUAGAAGCUCUGGGUUUUCAUUUUACUUUUGACAAAAAGUUGACAGAGUUGAAACAUAAUAGUGUGUAUUUACGCCGAAAAUAUAGACACUUUUUGGAGAAUAGUGUUUUACAUUCUUUUAAAGAGAAAAAAUAUUCUACAUUUAUGAAUAGACUGGUUUUGGGCUUUUCACAUAGUAAAAACAAGGAUAUUAAUGGUAAUUCGAGGAAAAUGGGUUCGUUUUUGAGUAUGCAGAGCAUAAUGGGUCCGUAUGAUGCAAAUACGGCGCAUUUUCCAGUGUCUAUCUAUGCACGUCGUGAUGAAAAAAAGAAAAAGGAGUCUAUGAUACCUUUAUCAGGUCAAUGGGAUGAUAAGAAUAUUGGUCCACCAAUACACAGACUAGGUUUUUAUAAGGGAGAUGCUGGUGGAUUCUUUGAAAAAGACAAGGCAUCUAGGGAAAAUUUAUCUCAUCUAAAGCGUUUAUCUGAGUUCUUUAUAAAGAUCUUGCCUUCAUGGUUAACGAAUACUAUAAAACAUGAUGUUGGAUAUCGUGCUUCAGUAGAAAAAGUAAAAAACAAGUAUCACGAUGUGGAUGGGUAUAAAGUGUAUACAUAUAAGUAUACAAAUCGUAUUAACAUCCGUUCGUUUAUUUUGGGGCAUCGUCCAAAGACAUGUUAUAGUGUUUUUGAAGGGUCUGGGGUUAAUGACCGGAUUAAGAAAUGUUUAGAAAGGGGUUCAAAAAAGACAAGGUGUAAGACUUCUUUCGAUGCAACUUGUAUUUGUGAUUCUGCUCAGUAUUUUAAUUUAAUUAAGGAGUGUCUUAGGGGUUUUUCUCAGAAGGAUAUUUUAUCAUUGUAUGAUUAUUAUUAUUCUAUUUGCAAGAAUCCUGUCCCGCCUCAUAGCAAUUGUCUUAAUACGUAUAAAUCAACUCAGGAAAUUGUUUAUUGUCCGAAACCUUAUCUAAAUUUUGGACUUGGAUAUCAGCUUGAGGAAUGCAUAGAACUUGCAGUACAUGAUUCCUUAUGUAAAGAGUUUUAUGAUGCUUCAUGUUUAUGUGAUUCUAUUUCUUUUAAGAAAUCUAUUGUUGAGUGUAUUACUGGUUCUAUGUUAGUAGUGAACAAGAUUCAUUCUUUUCAUCAAACAAUAUGUGGAAACCCUUUACAUCUUUCUGGAUGUACCAAACUUUCUAUAAGUGAAUUAAGCCGUCCAAGAUCAUGUAUAUCUAUGUUUGUUGGGAUUGUUCCUGAUGGUGGUGUUCGAAGGUGUUUAGAAAAUUUGGCUAUAAAUUCAAGAUGUGGCAAUAAUGUUAAUGCACCAUGUAUUUGUGAUUCUUUUUCAUUUAUCUCAUCUUUUGAUACAUGUUUCCAAUUUUCCUCUCAUGUUAAUAGUGAAGAUAUAAGGUCUUCUUUAAAUUUUUAUUGUGCUAAAUCUUAUUUGUUGGGUAAAUGUUUUGAUGAAAAUAAGAAGCCAACUAAAACAAAGAUUUGUCCUGGUUUUUAUAAGAAAUUUGGAUAUAAUGAGGAUGUUCAACAGUGUAUUUUUUCAUUGGCAAAAAAGUCUAUUUGUGAUAAUCCUCUGGACAUUAUUUGUCUUUGUGAUUCUAGAAUUUUUAUUAAUGGAUUGCAAGGAUGCUUUUAUGAAGAUGCUGAGAGAAGGUCUGUUAUAGUAAGAAUUUUCUAUGAGACUCUUUGUUAUAAUCCUCAUGAAUUUUACGAAUGUGAUAGUCUUUAA